AUGUGUAGAGGAGGGGAAAAGAAGAAAGAGACCAAGUUCUCAAGUAGGAUACACUUGAGGGUUUGCUUGGAAGGUGGCUACCAUGUGUUCGAUGAAUCAACUCACUACAGUAAUGAUCUUAGGCCAACAGCAAAGCAGCUAUGGAAGGCCCACAUUGGAAUUCUAGAACUGGGGAUUAUAAGUGCACAAGGGCUGAUGCCAAUGAAGACUAGAGAUGGUAGAGGAACCACAAAUGCAUAUUGUGUAGCUAAAUAUGGGCAGAAGUGGAUCCGUACUAGGAAAAUUGUGGAUAGUCUUGCUCUAAGGUGGAAUGAGCAAUACAUUUGGGAGGUUUUUGAUCCAUGUACUGUUAUCACAGUAGGGGUCCAUGAUAAUGUUCAUUUACAUGUUGGAGAGAAAUUAGGGGCAUCAAAGGAUUCAAGAAUAGGGAAGGUGAGAAUUAGGCUGUCCACUCUUGAAGCUGAUAGGGUGUACACACACUCUUAUCCUCUUUUAGUACUGCAUAAUUCUGGUGUGAAGAAAAUGGGAGAGGUGCAGUUAGCUAUAAGGUUCACAAGCUUAUCCGUGAUAGACAUGUUGUCUAUGUAUACACAACAUUUGUUGCCAAAGAUGCACUACAUCCAUCCUCUGUCUGUGAUUCAACUAGACGGUCUUAGGCAUCAGGUUAUCCAGAUUGUGUCAAUGAGGUUGAGCAGGGCAGAGCCACCACUAAGGAAAGAGGUGGUGGAAUACAUGCUAGAUGUGAAUUUAGGAGCUACUUGUUUGGCAACCCUGGGAGAAAUUAAAGGAGAUUGGAGGCAGUUUAGCGUAAGGCCCAUAGCUUUCUUUAGCAAGGUUUUAGCGGAAUCCUCCCUUGCUAAAACCAUUUAUGAAAUGUUGGAAAUUAAUAUAAUCCAGGAAGAAGGGAAGAUAGUGGAGGAUGAUUUGCCACCACCCAAGCCUCCAAAUUUGAAUUGGAGGGCGCACGCCACCUGGGAAGAGGAGCCUUGCAUCAAAUAACAGUUCCCUGACUUCAACCUUGAGGACAUGGUUGAUUUUGAGGGGUAGGUAAUGUUAGGAAUAAAAGAAGUUAGUUGUUAGUAGAGAGAGAGUAUAAAUAAUAACAGAAUAGGUGGAGAGAGGAUUAUCAGAUAUUUUUCCUUGUGGGGUUAUAGACUGGACAUUUUCCAGUGGAGGAAGGGAGGCUUCCUUGGGACGUACACUUGUAUUUCUCUUUAUAUACAUUACAGAUUGAAUAAUAUAUAUACACAUACUUUCAUCUUC